AUGGACUUUGUGCAAAACCCAACAUACCUCCUCGCCCCGCAAUGGACCUUCCGCCCAGGCGGCCCCAUCGCCAUCGGCAACAUCAUCGUCGACCCCUUCAAACCGCACAUAGUCUGCAGCGAGGCAGACCAUAGCAGCAGCAGCAGCGCCUCCGCCACCGAAACGGCACGCGAGCGCAACUGGCGCAUGUCGCAGGAAACAGCCCGCCGCUUCGACGUCAGCGUGUCGGCGCUAGCCGCAGCAACGUCAGGCAGCGGCGAAUAUACCAUGGACGUGUUGGAGACGACGUACCUCCUCCGUCACCCCUCGCACGAGGAGAUUCACGAGCGGUGUGAUAGUCCAGCGGUUAAGCCAUUUAUGAAUAGGGAGAGGAUUAAGGCGAAGCCGGUGUACAUGAUCACGGGACUCAAGAUCGCCAAGGGGUUUGCUGUGAAGCAGAGCAGCAGCUCGGACAAGGCGGCGCAUGCUCAAGUCGGGGCGGAAGUGUCGCCUGAGGUUAGUGUUGGGGCGGGGGUGAGCGGGUCGAAGAGCCAGAGGGAACAGCAUGGGUUCGAGGCGAUGCAGGAUAUCAUAUUCGGCUAUCAGCUACUGAAGAUUGAGCCAAAGGGAUGGGGGAAGAGGAAGCAACUCCAUUACGGCGAGUUUAUGAAACGUAAGAAGAGCGCCAUUAAAGACCCGGAGUCGGUUGAUGGGGAAGCGAGCUUGCCGGCUGCAGGAGAAUUUCAAGAGAUGGGUACUGACAUCCAGUCUGUUACGCUGGAUGAUGGAGAUGCGGGACACGGGGCCAUUGUGUUCCAAGCUCCAGACGAAGAAGAAGCUUCGGAGUAA